AUGCAUUUGAUACCCUGCCGGCCGGUGAAUUCACACGGUCACACAAGGCUUGAAGGAGAGGGUCAGCGCAAUCUUCCACCUUCCAGGUCCGGUCAUGGGGCACCAGGUUUGGUCAGGCCAACUUACAAUCUGGGCACAUGCUUUCGUGCAUUGUAUUGGAGUCCUCCGAGCAUAAGGCUCAUCAGAAGCCCCAGAAAACGAAAAAUCGAAACCGGGUGUUGUAUGGGCCAACAGUAUUGUCAUCAAGAUGGUAAGCCUCGGAGGGACAUCUUGUGUUGCGCGUGCAAUACUGAGCUACAUAAGAUGUGGAAAAUAUCAACGACGCCUGGGUAG